CAACACCACUUGUCACUCUCAGGCCGCCGCGCGCGCACCGCCGCGCCACAAAGUAUCACGUGCACGUGCCAUCCGCAUUAUUUAUCUGUGGGACAUUUUUAAUCUGUGAGAACUGUGACCUUGUGUGUGUUUCGGUUGCGUACGGAAGAUUCAAACGAUCUAAGAUGCGGGUGAGGCGCGGCGCGGCUGUUGUCAUCCUUCUCGUGUUUCAUAUGAGUGGAACACUGAGCGAUCAAUCGUCAAACGAAAAUGGCGGCGGAGGAGGCAAUCCCAGCCCGGACACCAACAGCGCUGCGGAGCCCUCCAGCGACCAGCUUGCGAUGGAGUCUGCGGAGAGAGAAACCCCGAGCCACGCGUACAACGGACCACCCCCGCCGGUACCACCCCCGCAUAAUAGGAGACAGAAUCCCCCGCACCACCAGCCGCAUCAUCCUAUAGGGAUGCCCAGGAUUCCAAAUCAUCAUCCUAUGCACUCGAAGCCUUUUGGGAUCGGAUCUUCGGUCAAUCAUCACAAGAAUGAUAUCGGACCCGGCUUCAGGGGACCGCCACCGCCGCCACCAGCGCCUCCCGCUGAUGCUCAAACUUCAGCAAGUGAUAAAGUUUUCAGUACCACAGGCGACGUCUGGCCUGCACCAGCACCUGAUAUGCCUAAAAUAGUUUCUCUGGAUGUCAAAUGUGAAAAGAAUGCUAUGCGAGUGUUUCUCAGCUUCGAUAAACCCUUCUUUGGCAUAGUAUUCUCGAAAGGUCACUACUCAAACCAUCAAUGCGUUCACCUUCCUCCUAAUUUGGGCAGAACGUCGGCUUCAUUCGAGAUCGGUGCACACGCCUGUGGAACAGCAGGAAGUGGUGACCCCAGAUAUCGAGGAGAUGUCGCCGCAGCCGGCACGUACUUUGAGAAUGUUAUAGUUAUACAAUACGACCCACAGGUGCAAGAAGUCUGGGAUCAAGCGAGGAAAUUACGUUGCACGUGGCACGACCAAUACGAAAAGGCUGUAACAUUCCGACCAUUCCCCGUUGAUAUGCUCGACGUCGUUCGUGCUGAUUUUGCUGGCGACAAUGUCGGAUGCUGGAUGCAAAUUCAAGUCGGAAAAGGACCUUGGGCAUCUGAAGUAUCUGGCUUGGUGAAAAUAGGUCAAACAAUGACAAUGGUUCUAGCUAUAAAAGAUGAUGAUGCCAAGUUCGAUAUGUUAGUACGUGAUUGUGUAGCACAUGAUGGACAACGCGCGCCUAUACAAUUGGUCGACAGGCGAGGUUGUGUGACAAGACCAAAAUUAAUGUCAAGGUUUACAAAGAUAAAGAACUUCGGAGCUAGCGCAUCUGUCCUUUCAUAUGCACAUUUCCAAGCAUUCAAGUUCCCGGAUUCAAUGGAAGUGCACUUCCAAUGUACGAUACAGAUAUGCAGAUACCGUUGCCCGGAACAAUGUUCAGAAGGUCACAAUGUAAUCGCUCCUCACGCAGAAUACGGACCACCGCAGAUUGACUCGUACCCAGUUGGAGUUGAAGUACGUCGGGAUGAGAGGCGAGUAAGGAGGCAACGUCGAGCGACAUCACCAGAGAAAGAAGUAGGAGUUAACAGAGUGAUACGUGUUGUAUCUGCUGGUGACCUUAACCUUGAUUCUGCAGAAGAGAACUCAGCUCCCAAGGUGGUUCCAACACCAGGACUUGUGUGUAUGACCACUCCUGGCUUCGCAGCAACACUGGGCGCUCUCCUUGUCACGUUAAUAAGCUCUUGCGCUGUAUCAGCAGUAUUAUUCUUUAAAUUACGGCCAAUUUCAAAACUGAAGAAGAAGACCGCCGCCAUCACGACGAUAACCCGACCGCACCCAGCGACAGCGCCGCAUGUAAUUUCAAAAAGUCGAUUUUACUCGUAACCUAGCCUUUUUAACUUAAUUUGUACAUAUUAGUGUGAUGAGACUGAAGUAUAUAGAUCAAGCCUAAAAUAAAGCGUGUGCUAUACGAGUGCUCAAUUGGUUUAAAAAUUCGUUAAUCUAAAUCUUUAUUGGAAAGAUUGCGUUAUUAAUUGUAUUUAGAUAGGUCUGGAAACUGCCAUUUAAGAGGCUAAAAUUAAGGAAAAUAUUUUUACAUGCACCUGUGACAUGAAAUAAGUUACAAAAUAGUACCUGUGCAUCACGCGUUACUUUUGUGUAAAAGCGCAACUUUAUAUCCGUUAGCUUAAUUUUGUAAUUUUUAAACGAAUUAAAUCCCACAAUAAUCUAAAUUAUACGCAGAUUGACGAAAUCUAUAUAGGUGUCAUAUUGUAUUAAUUUUAAUGAAUUAUUGUAUUUUAAUCUUAUUAUUUCUCUGUUAAACUACUGGUCUGCGUGAUAUACCUAAUAAACUAGAUAAUCAAUGUUAUAGACCAUUUUGAAUGAAAGCAUUUAAAUAAAAACGAUUUAGAAUGAAUUAAACGAUAAUAGUGAUUAAUAUGAAGCCUUAAGUACAAUCUUCUGUUACCUCUUGUCGAAGGUAUUUUGACGGAGAGGCAACGGAAAUUUUGUUAUACGAUAGUAGGUAUUUAGGUGAACCGCUAGCUUAAUUUAAAUUAACUUGUCAUUAGUAUUAAUAUUAUUUAUUUUAGUUAAGACUUUGUUGUAGUCAUACUUACAAAAUAUUUAUUUGAACCACCUCAUUACCUCUUCUUCUACGUUAAUUUUUUUUACGUUUCUCCUUAAUUAUAUAAUUCAUUUUAACGGGAUACUUUAUGUAUUCGUCAACGAAUGUGAUCGUUGUAAGGUGUUGAAUUUUUAAAUAUUUAAAAAUGUUUUAAUGAAAGUAUAAAGUAAUGUACAAUAUCAUGAACAAAUGUAGCAAUAAAAUAUAUUCACAAGU